AUGAUUAAAAUUUCCAACAAUCAGUUAAAGAAGAUGAUCAUCCUACUUUUGCAUAUUUUUUUCUUCACUGAUUCUAUUAGUAGUUUAGAUAUCUUCAAAACUUUAAGAGGAUUAACAAAAAUUCUUGACGAUGAAAUGUAAAUGAGCCCUAUAUUGCCAGCUUAAUGCUCACAUAAAGUUUAUAAUCAUGAAUUUAUAGAAAUAGAUCAUUAGCGAUUAGGUGGUGAUAAUUAUCAUAGAGAGCAAACAAUUAAAAAAGAUAAAAUUCUAAGUUUCAAAGUAUUUGGUAACGUAAAUUAAGAUAUUGCUCUUGUAAGAAGUCAUGUUUGGGUAUUUUACCAGUAAUAAGAAGUACAUUACAAAAAGCAUCUUGUAUUGAAAUAUUUUUACAGAAGAGAUAAUUUCUAUUAUGAAAUGCAAUUUGAAUUACCUAGCUAUUCACUCCCUGGCAGAUAUAUAGCAAGAUUGUAGCUAAAUGGCUUUACGAAUGAUAGAUACUAGUAUGAUGAGUAAUAUUAAUCGAAAGUUACAAAUCUAAAAGAAGAAUAUGGAUAAGAGGUGAAUAAUAAAGAAGAUAGUUAGUAGAAAACUAGUAAUAUUAAAAAAGCUUAGAGUUCAUAAAUAGCAGAUAGGAGGCCCAGAGAUAUGGAAUAUUUAACUUAUUAUGAUCCUGACUUGCUAGGAUGCUUUGAAUUUCAUUUUGAUUUAUUUUGA